UAAAAAUCCCAAAGACUUGUCCCACUCAAAUCCUACUUCCCUUUAUUCACGCCGCAAUCGCUUCAGUCUCAACACACUCAGUCCUCCAGUCGUCUUCUCCAUCUUCCUCCAUUUUCUCUAUAGAUUCCGCCAUUAUUGUCGCUCAUCAACUCCUGAUCAUAAGGACCCAACCAUGGCAGAUGAGCUGUGUUUCUCAUCCACUUGCGACAUCAAAAACAACUCAUGUUUCGUCUUCUAUGAUUUAUCCCUCCUCUGUUCCUUAAUCUUCUCCCACCCCCUCUACUUCUCCUACUUUCUAUUCUUCUCUCCUUACUUGUUCAAAUUCAUCUUCUUCAUCUCCCCUCUCUUUUUCACCACCACUCUCGUCCUCCUCCUCUCAUUCCUCACCACCACUUUUCCGCAGCCGAAGCUCGGGAUCAUUCAAACCGUCGUGGACAAACUCCGAUCAAAAUUGAAUGACGUUGACGAAGAUGAGGACUUCUGUAAUUUUGAGGAUUUUGAGAUCUACAAAAUCGUGUUUCAUGAUCAGCCAUUGAUCACGGUCAGUGAUGGAGAGGAUAAUGAACAAGUUUCGGUAAUGGAGAAUGCGGUUGCGGUUGCAGUUACUAUUCCUGAAAGUGAUCAUAAACAGGAGGAGCUGAGAAGUUUGGAGUGUUUAUUCGAAGAACUGGAUCGAUUUGAAGAUUCCACGGCGGCGAUUGAGACGACGGAGAAGGAAAGUAGUUCAGAUCUCGGAAAAAUCGUUGGAGAAUUACAGAAACCAGAGCCAGUGGUGAAGAAAAAACUCGGAAGCAAAUCCAUGGCGGUCGUCGAAGCCGAAGCCGAUCAAAAACUUUUUGAAAAGUCAUUCUCCUUGAAAUCAAAUUCAUGUCGGGUAGAUUCCCCAAGCAGCAUCGGGAGCUACGGAUCAAUGAGGAAGGAGAAAGAAUGGAAGCGGACAUUAGCAUGCAAGCUGUUCGAAGAAAGGCAUAACUCAGAAGGAGGUGAAGAAGGCAUGGAUUCGCUUUGGGAGUCUUACGAAGAGGAUAAUUCGAGCAGGAAAUCGAAGAACAGGAAGGAACCCAUGUCGAUCAACCAGAAGAAGAUGAUGAUGAAUAACAAGAAGAAGAUCGAAUUCAAGUACUUUGAUGACGAUUUUGAGGAAGACGACGACGAUGAAGAGGAGUUCAUGAGCAAUGGGCAGCUGUGUUGCUUGAAAGCGUUGAAGUUAUCAGCAGGGAAGAUGAAUUUGGGGAUGGGGAAGCCAAAUCUGGUGAAGAUUUCGAAAGCUCUCAAAGGGUUUGGUUGGUUGCAUCAUGUUGGUAGCAAAAAUGGCCUCACCGGAUAUCCAAACUCCAGUCGCAGGUUCAUCUCGGCAUACCGCAUACCUCCACUUCUCCGGCCAUAGCAGACGCCGGCGACACUAUCUCCCGCCAUAACAGAAGCCAUCGACUCCAUUUUCGGCCACAACUUUAUUUUUGAUUUUUGACGCAAGAUCAAUUUCUGCUUAUUUUUUAUUCUUGAACUGUUAUUUUUUAUUCUUUAACUGUUAUUUUCGAAUUUAAAUGAUUCUUGAAGAUGCCACGGUUCCAACACUGUUUUUGGUGGCAGAAUUUUGAACUGUUCUUUUAGAUUCCACGGUUCUUGAACUUUUAAGGUUCAAUUUAUCAUUACGGCAAAAGAAGUAUCAAUAUAGUUUUCAUUUGCUGUUAUUAUUA